AUGGAUGGAUCUUACUCACUGAAGCCUGAGGAGCAGGCGAAGGGAACAAGCUUCAAACAGUCGUUCAAGCGGGUGAAAGGUGACGUUUGGGACAGUGGAGAGGGACUGUGUGAGCCGUCCUGCAGCCUCAGUGUGAACAACAUCUCCUAUACAGUCAGUGAGCGCUUGGGGCCGUGGUGGGACAUACCGUCCUACAGAAAGAGAUGGACUCGACAGAUCCUCAAUGAUGUAUCCUUCCACGUGGACAGUGGGCAGAUCAUGGGGAUUCUUGGAAAUUCAGGCUCAGGAAAGACCACACUGUUGGAUGCAAUUUCUGGGAGGAUAGGGAGCAGCGGCGUGCUGCUGGGUGAGGUCUUCAUAAAUGGGAGGAAACUGAAAAGAGAAGAGUAUCAGGACUGUUUCUCCUAUGUUCUCCAGAGUGAUAACCUGUUAAGUUAUUUGACCGUAGAAGAGACACUGACUUACACAGCACAGCUUGCAUUGAGGAAACAUUCAGAUGAAGCAAUAAAGAAAAAGGUGUCGGCCGUGAUGGCCGAGCUGAGUCUCACUCAUGUGGCCCACAGUGUGAUCGGGGGUCGAAUAUUUGCAGGGAUUUCAGGUGGCGAGAGAAGGAGAGUGUCUAUUGCCUGCCAGCUACUACAAGAUCCAAAGGUGAUCCUUCUGGACGAGCCCACCACAGGCCUGGACAGCAUGACCGCCAACCAGAUAGUGGUGUUACUGGCACAACUGGCCCGCCGAGACCGCAUCGUUGUUGUCACCAUCCACCAGCCGCGCUCCGAACUUUUCAGAGUUUUCAGCAAGAUUGCUAUAAUGAGUCGUGGGGAGCUGGUGUUCUGUGGGGAGCCUGAAGAGAUGGUCAACUUCUUCAGUCAGUGUGGAUAUGAAUGUCCAGAAUACUGCAAUCCAUUUGACAUUUACGUGGACUUCACCUCUGUGGACACUCGCAGCAGCGAGAGAGAAGCUGCUACAAUGAACCGCAUGCAUGAAAUUGCCUCAUCUUAUCAGAGGUCUGACAUCAACAGGAGAAUGUUGGCCCAAAUAGAGCAGAGUUUGCAGAAAUCAGACAAACCAGAUAUUCCCUUCAAAAGCAAAGAGUCACCAAGUGGAGCAGCCAAACUAGAAGUUCUGCUGAGACGAACAGUAAGAAACCUUUCCCGGGACCGAAUGGGCGUCCUGAUGCGCUUGUCCCAGAACUUGAUCUAUGGACUCUUCGUGGCCUUCUUCGUCAUGCGUCUGGAUCUGGAUGUGUCCAAAGGUGCCAUCCAGGACCGCAUCGGCAUCAUCUAUCAGAGCAUCGGUGCAUCUCCCUACACCGGCAUGCUCAACGCUGUAGCUCUCUUUCCUGCGCUCAGAGCCAUAGGCGACCAGGAGAGUCAGGACGGCCUGUACAGUAAAUGGCAGAUGUUCUUGGCUUACGUAUUCCACAUCCUGCCCUUCAGCGUGCUCAGUGUUUUUAUUUUCACAUCCUUCCUAUACUGGACCAUUGGAAUGAACCCAGACACGCUGCGUUUUCUCUGUUACACUGCUGUAGUCAUGGUGCCCCAUAUUGUAGGGGAACUGCUCACGGUUGUGUUACUCGGAGUUGUCCAAGACCCAAACAUGGUCAACACUGGUGUAGCUCUGCUUAAUAUUGCAGGGAUUUUGGUGGGCUCUGGUUUUCUAAGGAGCACACAGCAGAUGCCAGAAGUCUUUCAAUGGCUCAGUUACUUAACUUUCCAGAAAUACAGCUGUGAACUCCUCAUAGUAACUGAGUUUUAUGAUCUGAAUUUUUCAUGCAAUGCGUCCCAACUUUUGCCAGGAGCCUGUGUGGUCAAUCAGGGCAAUCAGAUCAUAGAGCAGGGCUAUCCUGGGGCCCUGUCACGCUUCACCCUGGACUUCAUCCUCCUCUACGCUUUCCUCCCUGCUCUGUUGUUACUGGGAAUGAUCAGCUUCAAAAUUAGGGACAGGAUUAUCCGCCACUAA